CCAGUAUUUUCAAACUGCUGUUCAAAAACAUUCACUUCCCAUAUAUAGGAGAAGCUGGCUGUCGGACAAAUCAGACUAGUCAGUGACACUGCUAUAGGCGGGUUCAGUCUAAAACAUACAAGAGUAAAGUUACUCAGCUACCAACAGCUGCAGGAGUUUGUACGACUGCAUUCAGGACAGAACACCAGCUGUCAAUACAGCACAAUAAACUCAUACAAGAGUCCUUUCACACUGAAUACAACUCAAGAGAACGAAAACAACAUGAAUGGAUCAGUAGAUGGUUUAAUUGACCAGUCUGAAGAUGAUGUGACUUUUAUGUUCACUUCAGAGUCUGUGGGAGAAGGCCACCCCGAUAAAAUAUGUGACCAGAUCAGUGAUGCAGUUCUUGAUGCCCACAUAUUGCAGGACCCAGAUGCUAAAGUUGCUUGUGAGACUGUAUGCAAAACUGGAAUGGUUUUACUUUGCGGAGAAAUCACUUCAAGGGCUGUUGUUGAUUAUCAAAAAGUAGUUCGAGAUACUAUUAAAUAUAUUGGAUAUGAUGAUUCUGAAAAAGGUUUUGACUAUAAGACAUGCAAUGUUCUUGUAGCUCUGGAACAGCAAUCUCCUGAUAUAGCGCAAGGUGUUCAUUUAGAUCGGAAAGAAGAGGAUAUAGGCGCUGGGGAUCAGGGUUUGAUGUUUGGUUAUGCAACAGACGAGACAGAGGAGUGCAUGCCUUUAACUAUUGUGCUUGCUCACAAACUUAAUGCAAAGUUAGCAGAGUUAAGGCGCAAUGGGGAACUGCCAUGGCUCCGACCAGACUCCAAAACUCAGGUAACUGUGAAGUACAUCCAAAGGAAUGGAGCAGUGAUCCCCGUACGUGUGCACACCAUUGUUAUAUCUGUGCAGCAUGAUGAGACUAUCUCUCUGCCCGACAUGCGCGAGGCAUUAAAGGAUAAAGUCAUAAAGGCUGUAGUGCCAUCUAAAUAUUUGGAUGAGAAAACCAUUUACCACUUGCAACCCAGUGGCCGAUUUGUUAUUGGAGGACCACAGGGUGAUGCUGGUGUCACUGGGCGAAAAAUUAUUGUGGACACUUAUGGUGGAUGGGGUGCCCAUGGGGGAGGUGCAUUUUCAGGAAAAGACUACACUAAGGUGGAUCGAUCAGCUGCUUAUGCUGCACGUUGGGUUGCAAAAUCAUUAGUGCACGCCAAGCUUUGUCAUCGUGUCCUAGUUCAGGUAUCUUAUGCUAUCGGAGUGGCAGCUCCAUUGUCCGUUUCCCUUUUUACGUAUGGAACAUCUGAAAAAACUGAAAAGGAAUUACUAGAUAUUGUGAAUCACAAUUUUGAUCUACGACCUGGAGUCAUUGUGAGGGACCUUGACUUGAAAAGACCAAUCUACCAAAACACUGCAUGCUAUGGCCACUUUGGAAGGGAUGAAUUCUCUUGGGAAUUUCCAAAGGAGCUGAUUUUUUAACAGUGGCAACACUGUCACAAGGGCAUUGGUUACAAUAAAUAUUUUCACUCAGAAAUUCCUCAGUGAGUGGGAUCAUGAAGGGACUUUCAAAAGUGUGGUGGUUAGUAGCUCACAACAUCGAAACGGAAAUCUAUUGAACCAGAGUUAUAAAUGUAUAUCCAUGUCUUAAUACAUAGACUUCUGUGCUGGGAAAUUGACAUAUGUUUUAAUUGAUGCUGAUUUGAGAAGAGCAAUAUCACAGAUGUUGCAACAGGACACAAAACAAUACACUAAAGGAAACAUAUUUUAAUUUCCUUUAGAAUACAUUAUUGUAAAAGAUACAUUUUAAACACCAUAACUACUAUAGCUCAUUUUAGUAGAUUUGG